AUGAAUUACACAGAUAUUGAUAAAAGUUGUUAUUCAAGUGACGGAAAAAUUCUUACAAAAGUUACUGAUACAUCGCUCUACCUUAGAAUAUCAUCCAAAUGUGAAAUUAUCCAAGAUAAUUGCUUUAACGAACUCAAAACUUUAUCUUCCUUUUCAUUUCAAGAAAAUCCUAACUUAACGACAAUUGGAAGUGAUAGUUUUUCUUACUGUACAAAUCUUGCCAUAAUAAAUCUAUCAUCAUGCAACAAACUUACAAAAAUAUCUUCUUCUGCAUUUUGUUUCUGCACUAAUGUCAAUCAGAUACUUUUACCAGAAGGACUCUUUGAAAUAGGAGUCAAUGCAUUUCAAUUUAAUUAUUACUUGACCAGUAUAGUCAUACCAGCAUCUGUUAAAAUAAUAGGUAAUUAUGCAUUUUAUUACUGUUCUAGACUGCAAAAUGUUACUUUUGAAGAAGGAACAAAUUUAACUUCAUUAGAAUAUUUUGAAUUUACUCAAACUUCAAUUACUUCGUUUCAAAUUCCUGAAAAAGUUUCUAAAGUCAGUGCAGUAGCAUUUAAAGAUGGACAAUUAAAAAAUCUUACAGUUCAUGGUAAUAAUAACUACUUAACAACAGAUGGAAAUGCUGUUUAUUCAAAAAAUGAAAGUAUUUUAUUUUUUAUUUUAAACAAAACAGGAUAUAAAAUUCCAACCUCAGUCACAACUAUUGAAGAAUAUUGCUUUUAUGAAUCAUCUAUCAAAACAAUUAUAAUUCCAGCAAAUGUGAAAAGAAUUGUAAGAUAUGCUUUCAUGAGUUGUCAUAGUUUGAUAAAUGUUACUUUUUUAGGUCCAAUAGAUUACUUUGGUGAUUGGGUAUUUGCUGAUUGUGAAAAUCUUGAACUAAUUAAAUUCCCUAAUUCACCAAUGACUGUUAGUGGAUGUGAAUUUGUUACAAAGAAUGAUUUGCCAAAAGUCAAAUUGACAUUCACUUGCAAAACUCUAUUUUCAUUAAAAAUAAUUUUCAGAUAUACAAAUGUUUCAAUUUCAUAUCUAAAUGAACCAAAUCUUAUUAUUACACCAGAUUGCUCGAUUAUGAAUUCUGAUCAAACCAUAAUUUAUGAAUAUUGGGGAUAUCUCUCUAGUAUUACAAUUCCUAAAACUGUUAGAAAAAUCAACAAAAAAGCAUUUGAAAACUCUACAAUUGAGAAUUUUUAUUUCACAAAAGAUUCUCAAAUCAUUGAUAUAGAAAAUGAUGCAUUUAGAAAUUGUUCAAAUCUGAGAUCAUUUAAUUAUUCAUUUCCUAAUUUACAAACAUUAGGAAUGUCAUCAUUUAAAGAUUGCAUUAAUUUACAAUCAAUUACAUUUUCAUCACCACUUUUGACUGUUAUGAAUAAUGCAUUUGAGAAUUGCAUCAAAUUAAAUACUGUUAAAAAUAUUUCAAAUAUUAAUGAUAAUUGUUUUUGUGGAUGUACUAAUUUAGAAAAAGUUACAAUUCAAGAAGGAUCAAUAAGGAUCGGAAUUAAAUCAUUUGAGAAUUGUUCUUCAUUAGAAAGUAUUAAAAUUCCACAAUCUAUUAAAACUAUUUCCAAAUAUUCAUUUCUUUAUUGUAAGAAACUAAAAUCAAUUAUAUUCAAUGAAACAAAUUCACUUGAUUUUUUUUCAAUUAAUUCUAUUUCAGAAUGCAAUUGUCUUACAAAUAUCAGUAAUUUUUCAUCAGAUAAAUACAAAUGUAUUGAUAAUACUUUAUACUACAAAAACAAUACUAAAUGGGAACUUAUUUUUCAUUUGAGUCAAUCAAAAGACAAAGAACUCGACAUUAGUUGCGAUGUUAUCUGUAGUUAUUCAUUCAAUUCUAGCAACAACAUUGAGAAAAUCAAUAUUACAUCAGAAAGUGUUUCUGUUAUUGAACAUUACUCAUUCAACAACUGUCUUAAUCUCAAAUACAUCAAUUUCCCACUUUCAGUUUCAGAUGUUGAGACUCAAGCAUUCCAUGAGUGCAAAUCUCUUCAAUGUCCGCUUAUUGAGAACACAUCUCCUGGUUAUGUUCAAAUGAUUGUUGAUUCAGGAAUUCCACGAAGACUUAUGAUUUCAUGUCAUAUUGCUCAUGUUUCCAAGAAUCUUUUAAGUCUCAAAUCUUUACGUUACCCUUCUAUACAUCUUUUCUGGAAACAUCUUUCUAAAUAA